AUGACUGUGCAGUAUACAUGUCCCUCACCCCUUCUGUUUAAUUCCCACCUCUCUCUCUUUCCACCUCUCUCUCUCUCUCUCUCUAUCUCUCUCUCUCUCUAUCUCUCUCUCUCUCUAUCUCUAUCUCUCUCUCGCUUUCUUCCGCCUCUCACUCGCUUUCUUCCGCCUCUCUCUUGUUCUUUCCACCACUCUCUCUCUCUCUCUCUUUCCACCUUUCGCUCUUUCCACCUCUCACUUUCCACUUCUCUCUCUCUCUUUCUACUUCUCUCUCUUUCCACCUCUCUUUUUCCAUCGCUCUCUCUCUCUCUCUCUCUCUCUCUCUCUCCCUCUUCCACUUCUCUCUUUCUCUUUCCACUUCACUGUGAUUACUGCGUUCCUUAUCUAUCUAUCUAUCUAUCUAUCUAUCUAUCUAUCUAUCACAAUAUGCUCAUUAUCUAUCUAUCUAUCUAUCUAUUGUAUGUAAAUCUUUUUAUAUCUAUCUAUCUAUCUAUUGUAUGUAAAUCUUUUUAUAUCGAUCUAUCUAUCUACCUACCUACCACAAUAUGUUUAUUAUCUAUCUAUCUAUCUAUCUAUCUAUCUAUCUAUCUAUCUAUCUAUCACAAUAUGUUCAUUAUCUAUCUAUCUAUCUAUCUAUCUAUGCUAACAGUUUCUUUUCUCGCACUUCUCGCUUGUGGAACUCUCUUCCGUCUUACUGUCCAGACCAGCAUAAGCAUUCAUGUUUCGAUAGCUGUUUCUACUGGCCUUCUUCAAGUAUCUGUCUGUAACCAUAUAAGAAUUUCGAAACGAAUUCGAAUCCUUAUAUGGUCGUUCAUUAAUUUUCUUUUCUUUCUUUUUCUUCUUGCAGUGGUUGUAUUUGAAUCCUUCACGUGUGUGGCCAAAGAUUUCAGCCUCAAAGCCCCUGGUUGUUACCUGAGCACUGGGAGUCGAAGUCUGACCAAAGUCUGUUACUGCUAUUCGCACCUCUGCAAUUCUGCCAGACGCGAUGGCACCAACAAAACCCUCACGAUAUCUCUGUUGGCCUUGUCAGUAUUUUUUUAUGUAAACGGACUGUUGUCAUUGAUGUUGUAG